AUGAUCACAAAUCAUCCACUCCUAAUCCUUUUAUUAUCCCUAAUCUUUCUCCCACUAGUUAAUUCUCAAGUUAAUUACCGAUACUGCAACCGAACAUGUGGUUCAUCCGAACCCUCCCCUUAUCCAUUCGGAUUCUCUUCCGGCUGCGAAAUUCGCCUCAACUGCACCAUCGACGGUGGAAUCUUCAUCGGUGAAUUCCCAAUCCAAACAAUAACCUCCAAUAGUAUAAUAGUAAACAUCAAAGCACAAUGUAAUCGUCCAUUUGAAAAGUUCCACCAGCUCUUCAGCCACAAAUACGCACCUACUUCCCGAAACGUGAUUCUGUUACAGAACUGCACGGAUAAUCUCUUGCCUUGUUCUAUACCGGAGACUCUGCUUCCGAAUCGAUUCGAAUCGGAAUCUAACGGCUGCGGUGACAUCUCCGGUAGCGGCGGUGGAAAAUUGAGUUGUUAUUUUGAAAAUAAUACGAGGCGUUUCGUGGAUGAGAAAAGGUUGGAGCGAAUCGGGUGUGAGUACUUUAUGUCUUCUAUAUCAACGGACAAUUUGAGGAAGAAUUUGGAUUCGGCGGUUUCUUUGGAAGUGGCUACGAUUGAGCUUGGAUGGUGGCUUCACGGAGAUCGGUGUCUUUGUUCUGAUCAUGCUAAUUGUACUGAAAUUGAGUCGCCGAUUGAUGGAAAGCUAGGGUUUCGGUGUGGAUGUAAGGAAGGAUUUGUCGGCGAUGGUUUUUUGGCCGGAAAUGGAUGCCGGAAAGCCUCCUCACCAACAUGCAAUCCAACAAAAUACAUGUCCGGAAGAUGUGGAGGAAGAGCUAGGUUCAUUGUCUUAAUUGGAGGGUUUGUUUUUGGUGUUUCAAUGAUGAUUACUCUGGGUUCAGUAUGUUGUUACUUUCGCCGACGCACCAAAUUGAGAAUCACAAAGAGCACAAAAAGACGCUUCACCGAAACUACUAACAAUUACAGCAUUCCUAUCUAUCCCUACAAAGACAUUGAAAAAGCCACAAAUAGUUUCUCAGAGAAACAAAGGUUGGGAACCGGUGCAUAUGGUACAGUUUAUUCUGGAAAACUAUACAAUGAUGAAUAUGUCGCCAUCAAAAGAAUAAAACACAGGGACAAUGAAAGCAUUGAACAAGUCAUGAAUGAGAUCAAGCUAAUUUCCGCUGUUAGUCACCCGAAUUUAGUGCACUUGUUGGGCUGUUCCAUUGAAUAUGGAGAACAAAUCUUGGUGUAUGAGUUCAUGCCUAAUGGAACACUGAGUCAACAUUUGCAAAGAGAAAGAGGAAAUGGACUUUCAUGGCCUGUUAGACUCAAAAUUGCAACAGAAACAGCACAAGCCAUAGCUCAUCUUCAUUCCGCAAUUAGUCCACCUAUUUACCAUAGAGAUAUCAAAUCAAGUAACAUACUUUUGGACCGCAAUUUCGGAUCCAAAGUAGCAGAUUUCGGGCUUUCUAGGCUAGGAAUAACAGAAAUAUCUCAUGUUUCAACUGCGCCACAAGGAACCCCUGGCUACGUCGACCCACAAUAUCAUCAAGAUUUUCACCUUUCUGAUAAAAGCGAUGUAUAUAGCUUCGGUGUUGUUCUUGUUGAGAUCAUAACAGGACUAAAAGCAGUUGAUUUUUCUCGUCCUCAUAAUGAAGUUAACUUGGCGUGUCUUGCUGUUGACAGAAUCAGAAAAGGGCUGUUAGUUGAUAUUAUAGACCCAAUAAUAUUUCUUGAUCCCCAAGCAAGCCAUGAUGGGUGGACACUUUCCUCCAUACACAAGAUAGCUGAGGUGGCAUUUAGAUGUCUUGCAUUUCACAGGGAUAUGAGGCCUUGUAUGACAGAAGUAGCAACUGAGUUAGAGCAACUAAGGUUGAAUGAUAGGAACUCUUUCGAAGAAAACAACUCCAUUAUAGCUUCAAUAGAUCACAUACCUUCAUGCUCUUCUUCUAGCGAAAGUGAGAAGCCUUUGAGUACCACUGCAUUGAAGAACGCCGCGCCUAAGGAUAAAGGUCAUCUUAACCUCGAGACUAGACCCGUUUCUUUUAAGUCGAUUGGUAGGCUCAAUAGUAGCUCACCGGUUUCGGUUCAAGACCCAGACCCAUGGUUUAGUGAGCAGAGUUCUCCUUCGUCAAGUAGUUUCCCCAGCAAGUCAUUUGAUCACGGAUCAGACUCAUAUGGUCAACAAACUAGUUUGUAG